GGUGACAAAUAUUGUGAUAGCAUAUUUUCGGUGAGCUUCAGUAGUGUGAGGUGAAAUGAAUGCGUUCAUCUCAAUGAACCCAACCCUACACGGGUCUAAUACUUGGGGAAUGUUUAAUGUAUCUAGUCUGUUUGAUGGAUACAAAACUUCACUUGCGCUUCGCUCAGACAAUUAUCUUAAAAAGAAUGGUUCCAGCUCAUUUAAGAAAUAAAGAAAAACGAAACUUUCCCCUUCCCAUCGCCCUCAUGACCUUUUUUCAUGUUCUCUGUCCAAAGUCCAGCGAUGCUCGGAGUGUAUAUAUAUUGAUUACAUUUCCUUCCUUCCCCUCUUGUAAACAAUAUACAGCAGAAAUGCAAAACCAUAAUAAGAAUAAUAUCAAAACAUAACCAUAUCUGGGCAUUUGAACUUAACAUAAUAGAACAGUAAAUUAUCCGUCAAUGAAAAAAUGCCAGCAUUGAUCAGGCGAAAACGAAUCUAAACAAGGGGACUUCCCUCGCCUCGUUCUCGAGCAGCGCAAUGAACAGAAAACCCUACAUAGUGUCACACGCAGUUGUUUGUUGAGUUACAUGUAUUGAAUUGUGGAAUGUAAAUAACCGAUUUUUCGCUAUUGCUCGGACACAACUGAACAGAGUGAUAAUGCAAUACUGGUAAACCUCUGCACGGAGAAUUUGAGGUGCUUUAUCAGCGUCACGUUUGGUGAUACCUCAAAAUUAUGUGUGUAUUCUCUAUGUUCACGAAGUACUCUUACUUUCGAGAAAUCAGAUAGCCUGGUCGAGACUUGAGUGCUGAAGUGGCCUCUUCCCCCUGGGCACUGAACUCGACAGGCGGAAAUGAGAGAGUAGGAUCAACUUGCAGCGCUCACUUGAGUUUUGUUCGAAGGACUGUUUGAAAGCCUUCGUCUGAAACAGACUGGUUUCAUUACAUCCGAGGAGUGACUGCACAUAAAACACUGUAAACCUCCCCCCUUCCCUGCCCCAAGACAGCAUUUAAAAACGAAGAUUGAUUGAUUGUCACUUCCCUUGUUCUCUCUUCAAAACAAUACACAGCAAAAGUCCAAAACGAUAAUGAGAGAAAAAGUGCCCUGUCAUUCCAAAAUAUAACCAUAUAUGGGCAAUUGAACGUUAGAUAACAUAACAUUAAUCGGGAAAUUUCCCGUCAGUGGAAAAAUGCCAGUAUUGAUGAAACUAAAACGAAUCUAAACCAGGGGGAAUCCCCGCGCCUCGUUUUCGUGUAACAUAAAGAAAACAAACGGACGCCGAAUGAAAUCAACCCAACCUCACUUUAACGCCCAUCGCUCGAUCUUGAUAGAAGUUUCACCUGAACGUACGCCGAUUUUUGCCUUAAGAUCAUGGCUGCUAAUAAUUUUUGUUCUGCUAAGCCGUUGUAUAGUCCUUACGGAGGCAGCAAAGAGUCCCUUGUCAUAGUGGACGAGACGGAAGCAGUCUGUGCAGGGAGUAUAAACGGCAACUGCCGUGAACGCUCUUCGUCAUUGAACUCCAUCGUGUCGGUUCAUCAUGAUAGGGAAGCAGCUGCAAUAGAAGGCAACAAACCUGUGACCAAAGACGAUGUUAUUAGGAACUUGAGCUUAAGUUCUCCAUCGUUAAAGGGGCUGCGGUGGUUUCUCCUGAUCACUUUCCUGUGGUUCCCUCAAAACGCAUCGUCCGCACGGAAGACGUUUUACACUGCGAUGCAAGUGCUUAUCGUUGCUUUCCUGUGCGGUUGUUACGCGUUCGACAUGGGAGCAUUCCACAACAGAUCGCUGAUCCAAGACGAAUUGGGGGAGACUGUAACAGCCGCUAAGAACAUCAUCUGGUCCUUCAGGUACCUCGAGAUGUACAUUGUUGGCAUCUUGUACUUUCGAAAGCGCCACUUGGAGAAAAUGCUUUCCGAAGUGAUUUUGACCAGGCGAUACUGGAAGAAAGUUCGGCGCACAAUCCUCAAGGUCAGCAUUGCCGUGUUUCUCUUUGUCUUCGUCGUGCCAGUGACUUCGAAAAUUGUUCAGAUGAACUUAACAACGAGGAAAGUGGAAUCAUUCAGCCUCAAGGAGAUCCUCUGUAGUGUUUCCCUGUCGAUUAUGGCUCGAAUUGUAGCUCUGCCUAUUUUUCUAGCCUUUAUCUAUGUCGUAUACGUCACAUUCAGCCAAAUUCGCCUGUUCAAAGAGCAACUUCAAAAGUGGCCCGAGGGAAUGAAAGAGGAAGCAAGAAAUCGGUUCAUUGACAUUAAAACUACCAUCCGAGACGCAGAGAGGUCUUUUCAGACUUUUCUAAUAGCACAUCUGCUAUUGCUGCUGGUCCUUCUCAUACCAGCCAUAUUUUCUUGCGUCGAGCGCCUUCAAAGUGAGAGCCACUAUGAGGAGACCGAUACUGACCAAAUGGAAAUGAGAUCCGCUCUUAAGCCUCCGGGAAAUACAGAAAAUUUCAUCGCCGCUGUCAAUGGCACUUAUUACCAACGGCAACAAGUGACCUUCCUGUUAAAGCUACCGGCGAAUUAUGGUCAAAACACAACGCAUAACGCACCUCAUAAGCGCACUGUAUCCAAGACUGAUGCAGCUGGAAUCGCAAAGAUCGUUUGUGCCAAUUUGGGUAGUUUCGUGGAAAUGCUGGUGCUGUACAGCCUCCCGUUAUUUUUCUUGGCCAAGUUGCACAAGAUCAUGGCUAGUCUCCCUGAAGUUGUCCAAGAUCUCAAGUUCAGUGAGCAAACAAAAUAUGGAUAUCUGUUCCAAAACAAGCAAAUCCAGGAUGAAGUAAAGGGAGAUCUUUCAACAGGAAGGGGCAUUCAGAUACUCCGCAUGAAUUUGACUGGCAUCAAGGCUGCUCUUUUAACACUACUGAUGCCUUUUCUCACAACAGCGAUUCACUUGUUAUUUCUGCAUGUAGACCUAGACUGAAUUCUGUGGGUAGGCUCCCCCUCCCUCAGGGGGGACCCCCAUAUAAAAACAACAGGGGUGCUCAUCGGAAAUAAGAGGUACCAAGAUUCUGUUUUGUGGAUGUGGCUUGAAC